AUGGGGAAACUCGCUAGCUUCGUCAGUGCGGGCAUCGGCCUGGCUGUCGAGGCUAUCCAGGCUCAGUGCGAGGACCAACGCCCGCCGUCUCAAGGCAAUCGCGGAUACACGGGAUACACGUAUAACCCGAGCCUGGUGCAGCAGUCGAGAAUGGGAUAUGCUCCCUAUCCGCAUCCGGAGAAUGCGCAGAAUGCGCAGAAUCCACAGAAUGCACGGAAUGCACCCGUCCAGCGCAGUCUGGCAUCCGACGCACCACCGACGUACGAGGAGUCGGAGCGCUGUGACCAGAACGGCUACAAGGCCUCCUCUCGAUCCCCAGCGAGCAGCAGUCGCCGGGCCCCAUCUCACCCACACCCUCCCCGACUUACCUGUCCCAUUAUCAUCCCCCAGCGCAGGCCGGAAGAUAUGAAGCGUGGAUUCAUGCUGGCCUAUUCCCCCGUGUUGCAGAACUAUGGCAUUGACCAGGAUACAUUCUUACGGUUCCUGACGGAGUUCAACGCGUCCAGUAAGUCGUCGCGAUGUUUCGAUGCAAUUAACCUUGCCGCAUUCGGUGUUGGCUUCGUGCCGGACAUGACGGCAUUUGUCGUGUCGACGGCCGUUCCUAUCGCUCUGCAUUAUGCCAAAAAGGCCCAGAGAGGUUUCCAAACGGAGUCGUUUCUCACUCGCAUGAACCGCGAGUUCUUCCUACCGCGAGGGCUCUUUGCCGUCGUUAUGGUCUGGCGACCGGACCAGGCCUCUGCACAGGUGACCAUCGACUCGACGUCCGGCGAGACCAGAAUCAUUCCGACUCCGCUGGCCCCCGUGCGUCGCGGUGGCAUAGCAGGAUUCUUCGGCCGCAAGAAGCUCCCGGAACAGGAAUUCAUUCUCCCACAAGCGGCGCCGCUGGUUUUCCUCUCCGAACGCGACAUCCCCCAUAUCAAACCAGAGGGAGGCACGAUGGAGCGCAUGGCGCAUUUCACAGCGGACUAUUUUGACCGGCGUGCCCAGGCGAAAUACGCCGCCGAGCACCCCAGCUCUUCCCUGGCAAUGCAGGGCGUUACGUUCCGGAAUCGCUGGGCGGAUCCGAACAAUCCCGCCAACUCAUCCACUCUGCUGACGAUGCUGUCUGGCGGGAUGCUGGGAACGGUGGAGGAGCCGAAGAAAAAGAAGAAGAAGAAGUAUGUCCCGCCGGAGAAACGAGGACGGAUGGGACGCCUGAAAGCGGAGUUCCUGGAGCAGGACCUUCUCUACCUGAUGAUCUCCAACCGACCAACGGAGCAGGAGAUGAUAAAAACAGAACAAUUCCUCAGCAACCAGCACAUGCAGUGA